CCCGGAAGUGACGCAACGAAUACGAAACGCACUUCAUUGUUCUCCGCUUAUAUGUCUCCUCCGUUCCUUAGCCAGUUUACUUCAUUUCCCACCACUGCUCACCUCCAGCGCUGGCAGUAGAAUGGCAGCGGCGGCACCCAACCCGGAGGACUCCACCAGGAGCAGCGGUAGCAGCGGCACCAGCACGCCCAGUGCGCUUGCUGGAGACGGAGACGCAGAAGAGGCCGAGGAAUUCACCUCGUCUUCCCACUGCUCGGAGCUUUCGCGGCGGCAGAACGAACAGAGAAAGCAGGGCUUGUUCUGCGACGUGACGCUGGCCUUCAGCAGCGGGGCGGCCACGGGCAGCGUCCAGAGCUGUGAGUUUUCAGCCCACAGGUCUGUCCUGGCUGCGGCCACCGACUACUUCACCCCGCUGCUGGGGGGACAGUUUUCCGAGUCCUUGUCCGGACGGGUGGAGAUGAAGGAGUGGAGCUCAGAGCUGGGGCCGGACCCCGAGACGGUGGAGAGUGUUAUCCAAUAUAUGUAUACGGGAGAAAUACGCGUCAGUACCUGCAAUGUGCAUGAAGUUCUGGAGCUGGCUGAUAGGUUCCUGCUGCUGCAGCUGAAAGAUUUCUGUGGAGAGUUCCUUAAGAAGAAGCUGAGUCUGACCAACUGUGUGGCCGUCCACAGCUUGGCUCACAUGUACACCCUGGACCAGCUGGCUCUGCGGGCUGCAGACAUGAUCCGCCGCAACUUCCACAAGGUUAUCCAGGAUGAGGAGUUCUACACGCUCCCCUUUCACCUGGUGCGUGACUGGCUAUCAGAUGCAGAGAUAACAGUGGAUUCUGAGGAAGUGCUUUUUGAGGCUGUGGUAAAGUGGGUGCAGAAGAACCCAGAGGAGAGAAGCCGCUAUUUUGAAGAGCUGUUUCGUCUCCUGAGGCUGCCCCAGAUCAAGCCCACCUACCUGACCAGGGUGGUGAAAAAUGAACGACUGGUGGCAUCCAACGAGGCCUGCCUGCGGCUGGUGUCGGAGGCAGUAGAGGGCCAUGCUAUUAGAUUUGAAAACCUCAAGUCUGCUGAUAUGGAGUUCUGGUCUUCGCACAUGGCCUCCUUUCAGCCUCGCUUUGGCCAAAAUAUGGACGUUAUCAUGGUAGUAGGUGGAGUUUCAGAGGGAGGCGACUACCUUAGCGAAUGUGUGGGCUACUUUAUUUAUGAGGACCGUUGGGUCAAUCUGCCUCACAUCCAUAACCAUCUGGAUGGCCACGCCAUCGCUGCCACAGAGUCCCACGUCUAUGUAGCUGGUUCUAUGGAGCCAGGCUUCGCUAAGACCGUGGAACGUUACAACCCUAAUCGUAACACCUGGGAGCAGGUGAGCAACUUGACCACACGCAAGCACUCUUUUGGCCUGACUUGCAUUAAGGAUAUCUUAUACAGCAUUGGUGGCCAUGGCAACUUCAGCCCGGGUUUCAAGGAUGUCAGUGUGUAUGAGCCAGACCAGGACAAGUGGCACAAUCUGGAAUCUGCUCCCAAAAUCCUGCGAGACGUGAAGGCAGUGAGUGUGGAGGACCGCUAUGUGUAUGUCACGGCACGCACACCCGUCGAUACGGAUAAUGAGGACGGAUUGAAGACUGUGACCACUCGUUAUGACACAGAGAGUCGCCAGUGGCAGGAUGUUGACUCCCUGCCUCUUAUUGACAACUACUGUAUCUUCCAGAUGGCUGUGGCAUCCACUAACUUCUACCACACAGCCUCCUGCUGUCCUAAAAGCUACACAGUUCGGGAUGAGGUUGCCAGGCAGAAGAUUAGUGUGCGCAUCUCUGAUGAGAUCCUAGAAAGCCUUCCACCAGAGGUAACCAGCAUUGAGGGUGCUGCAAUCUGCCACUUUGAUGAGGAUGUUUUCAUCAUCGGGGGCUGGAAGAACAGCGACGAUGUAGACAAGCAGUACCGCAAGGAGGCCUACCGUUACUGCGCCGAGAGGAAGCGAUGGAUGCUGCUGCCACCCAUGCCUCAGCCUCGUUGUCGAGCUACUGCCUGCCACGUCCGCAUCCCGUACCGCUUCCUGUAUGGCUGCCAGCGGUACCCCAUGCCCCAGAAUCUGGCCCGCCAGCGAGAUCGCAUGCAGCAGAUGCAGCAGCUUCACCGGCGCACCCUCACCCUGCGCCGGCAGCUCCAGUCGCAGAUAGAGUGUUGAACUGUCCACUGUGACUUUGUCCGAAGAUUUCCUGCAAACCCCUAUUUCAAUGCAGCUACCAUUGUCCUCCACCCUGAGUCAUUCACUAAAGCAGGUCCUGUUGCUCUCGUCCUGGAUUUCAUUAAUCUGAACUGUGUGUCAUCAGCUUUCAUGCUGUGUUUGUGUUAUUGGCUCAUUUGUGGAAAGCCAUGAAAUAUGUGGGCAGGUGUGUGCUGUCCUGCUGGUGGUCUGUGAGGAGGGAUGUGAUUAUAAAUAUGUGAAUAAGAGUGUUAUAGUGCAGCCAACAACUAAAUAUCUGUUAGCCAUUUAUGUUGUUAAAGAGGCUGUUUAUCUCUUUAUACGUAAAUAGUAUAAAAGCUGUAUAUGUAUACAUUUCUAUGGAUAUUUUACAUUCCUUUAUUGUACUGGAAGACAACGUGGCAUUAGUAAUUGCAUUCCUGCAUUCUUAAUGAACUCUCAUUCCAUUGUAACACUGUGACAAUCGGUCCAAACCCCAACUUAUAUCUUAACUGCUCUGUUACUACGGCUUUGCUUGUUACUGUACAGGCACAACAACUAAAUAUGAAUUAACACGAGGAGGUUGUUAAUCAUAAAAUCCUGUAGACUAGUUGUAGACAGUUGUAUAUUUGUGUCACUUUUCUUGCUCAUGUAACAAUAGUAAUGUUUCUCCAAGUUUAUGAUGAGGUGAAAAGAUGAGAGGACCGUAAUAUCCCAAAAUAUGUGAUAAGAUGCAAUGAAAUCAUUCCUUUGAGUAAGCUAACAUUGAAACAACCUGCUCUGCAACUGCAUUAAGGACCAAUCAGCAGCAGCAGCUUAAUCGUUCCUUUUUUUUUUUGCAGUUUGGUUAUCUAUUGCCCAGUGCAUUCCCAUUCAUUCAAUAAAGACGUAUUUAAUCUUUAUGUACGAGUGUGGGAGUAUGUGUACGGCUUGGUUAUCACUCUGCAAAGAAUGGGAAAAGCUUCUGUGGAACGCCACUUUUUAACUUCGAGAGUCUUUAAAAAGUUGCCAUUGCACUUUGACUUGUUUUGUUUAUUUCAUAUCAGACGAGCUGAUUGUAUAUUGCAAAGGCUUUGUUUUAGCUGUCUUGCAGUCAGUGAGAUUUAAUCUUCUUGGAAACAGCAAUGUUAUCAUUGCUGGUGGAUUAGUUUCCAACAUUAAAUGUCUUGUAAAAGUUUGGUGUAUAUUGGAGUUCUGUCUGUCGGAAGACUCCUUUUACCCGCCAAAGAGACGUAGAAAUGAGACAAAAAAGGAAUAAAACUUUAAAACAAAAGGGAUUGUUUUAUGAAUGUGUUGUGACUGACAUUCAGAAAUACCCACUCAAGCAGCACUAAUUAUAGCAGUAUAGGGUUACGGAGCUAAGAAAUGAUAUUCAUUUCCACUUUAUGACCUAACAUAAAUGGCACUGCAAAUAUUAACUGAAAUAAGCUAUGUAAUUUGCUUUGCAUGUGAUAGUCAAGACUUUGUGUCCUUGGAUGUAUGAAAUGCUAAUGUCAUCUCUUGAAAUUAAAGUUGUUUUGUAAGACA